GACUUUGUUCAUUUAAAUGAUUUGGUUCAAGCUCACAUUUUGGCAGGAAAACCUCUCAUAGAGGCAGAUUCCAUAGCUGUGAGUAAGGAAGACAUAAAUUAUGUAACAACAGAAUUAUUGAUGUCAAAGGACUAAGAGUAGAAGUUUUGGGAUAUUUUGGUGGCAUGUUUUGCAUACAAUUAAUUUCCUAAAAUAGACUUUCAUUCUUGUAUUUGAUAGACCAUUGUUGUUUAUUAAAUGGGUUUUAUUUCAGGCUCGUGAAGGGUAUUUUACUUCAGAUGAUUCCCCCUUGAAUGAUUUUGAGUUCUUCAGACCUUUGGUAAGUCAAAUUUUUUCCAAGUGAAUACUUAUAAAUUUAUUCCUUGAUGAAGAAGUAUUGUGGUUAUUACAUGAACCUUAAACAAACAAGCAAGCAGUUAUAUAUUAAGCAGUGUAAGCCCAUUUCCUUCUGGCCUCAUAGUUUUGUCUUGCUCUUUUGCUUAGUUAACAAACAGAACUUUCUAUAUCAACCCUUUGGCCCUAAGAGUGACUAACAUCUAAUUUCUCCUUACCAUAUGACCCCUGAAUCAAACAUGAAAGUCAUGAGAAUAGAGGAGAUGAUCACCAACUAAAGCAGCUCUUGAUCAUUAUGCAAAUUCUCCUUUUCAGCCUCUUUGCAAAUGUAUGGAGAACAGUAUGGAGAAUAUGCAUACUGAUGGUAGGGUGUAAAGGGUUAAGCAGUGUGAGCCCAUUUUCUUCCGGCCCUAUAGUUUUGUCUUUCUCUUUUGCUUGUCUAAUUAGAUGAAAGCUUGGAAUUCAGACUUCAGAUUUGGUAAAAUUUCUUUUUCCUCUCUUUCUUUUUCUUUUAUCCUCUCUCCCUUGUCUUAGUCAAACAAAUCAUAGAACAAAUGAAGGAAAAGAAAUUAAAAUUUGGAAAGAUGGUGUAACUCUAAAGAAAUAGUUUAUGCCUGAGUUCCUAAACUGUCUCUUGGAAUCAUCGCUAUUCUGACUGAAAUUUUUUUACAAUUUUUCAAAUAGGUUGAAGGUUUGGGAAACAAAUCUCCCAAAUUAAAGUUGUCAAUAACUCUUGUAUAUAUGGUUGGUAAGUUAAAUUUAUUUAUUUUCAUUUAUAGACCCCUCAGUUAUUAAUGUCCAGAUUCAUAUUAAUAAGAUAAAUACUCACAUUUUUUGUUUUCUAUGAUUUUUCCUCUAUCCUUUGUUUUGUUGUUCUGUGCAUUAAUCUGUCCACUUUUAAAGCUCAUUUAAUUAAUUUAUACUAAUUUAUUGAUUCAUUCAAUUUGAUGAUGACUGUCAAGUUAUCAUAAUUUUUUGAUGUGUAUGACUUACAGUUAUUUUCAGUUUUUCUUAAGUCCCUAGUAGUUUUUAUUUAUAUUAUUUGGUAAUAGGGUAUAUUGUCAUCUGAUUAUUUCUAUUAUCCUGUUUGUGAAUGACAAAGUGAGGUUUUAGCACCGAGUCAAGACAUGUGAUUGUCUGCAGACUAAAUUGGAUUUUGCAUGACCUUAUUUCCAUCAUAACCCAUGCAGUUAGAUCUGCAAAACUAGCUCAUUGAUCACUACUUUUAUCUACUGAGAUAAAUUAAAGAUUAUAAAUUUAAAUGAUUGGAUUAUGAUUGGUCAGUUAUAUAAUGAGGAAGUCAGAGAACACAAACUCCAUUAAAUAGUUUUUUCUUUUACAAGAGAGAUUUUCUGUUUGCAGAAUUGUUAACAGAACUGGUUCACUCAGUGAUUGGAAAAUAUAUUUAUAAUUUUCAGCUGUUCCUCAUGAGAACAGAGGUACUAUUCUCCAACAAACUUACAAAACCAUAGACAAAAAUAAGUAGCAAUGACUAUAUGCCAUCUUAACAAUCAAAUGGGAAAUUGUGUAAAAGUGAUAAAGGUGUUUAAGGACUAAUAAGUCCUGACAACAUCAAAGCAUUUUUCAGCAAAGAUAUGAUGAGGUUAGACAAACACAUCAGCUUAUCAGAUUGUUAUCUAGACUUAACACAAAAUUCUUAAUCUCUUUCCAAGAAAAUAUAGGGAAAGUAGAAUGUAAGAGAACUCUGGGUCAGAUCUGGGAAGGUUGAGGGUGAAGUAUCACCAAAACAUGAGUGACUUUCUGUGACUUUUCAACUCUUAAACCCAUCAACAUAUGAAUUCACCUUGCUAGUUUACAUACAUUUCUUUUUCAAAUUAUGUGAUCCAUUCAAUUUCUGUUUUAUGAUCAGUUCCUUGAUUCUCCUGAGUAUUGCUGGUGACAGUGUGCUGAUGGUGUGGGAAGAAAUGAAAUGCUGAUCACUUCAAAGGAUUAAACACGCAUAUUGCUUUGAACUUUAUUUGCAAUGAUGUACUGCUUUAGCAAUGGGGCCUUUCUCUUUAAUAUCUUCAUACUUCAACUGCCUGGAGAUGAAGACCUUCAAUUCC